AUGAAAUUCCAAAGUUCGAUCCGUUUACAUUUGUUUACAUCAUAUCGUUCAACCGACUUUGUUUUGGAUACCCCAAAAACGCUACGAUGUCGAUGAUAGCCCAGGCAACUCGCACAGCGCCGCAGCUUCUAUUGCACCUGAACCGCCACCUGAGCUCCUCGUCCUCCUCCGCCGCCACGUCGUCGGAGCCGCCGGAUGGCCAUGGCCACCAGUUGAUAACUCCCGCCGAGCUCCUUGGAGCGGAAUCGCAGAGCAGGUGCAUGGAGAAGAUGCGCAGCCUGCCCUCAUUCCCGCGUCCCAAGGCUCUGACGCCCAGUCGCCGGGAGAAGCAGACGUCUGCCGUCCUCAUCGCCCUCUGCCAGGAGCGGGGCACGAACGAGAUAUCCCUGCUCUAUACGCGACGGUCGAGGCACCUGCGCAGCCACAGCUUGCAGAUAUCCUUUCCGGGCGGCAGGCUGGACGACCAGGACGCGAGCUAUGUGGACUGUGCGCUGCGCGAGACGGAGGAGGAGAUCGGGCUGCCGCCUCACCGCAUCCAAGUGUGGGGCGAGGCUAACCAGCUGAUACUGCCGCGCACCUCGUCCAUUGUGCCGGUGGUGGGUGUGGUGCCCGACUUUAGCAUCUCCGAGCUGCGCCUCAACUGGGCGGAGGUGGAGGAAGCGUUCAAUGUGCCGCUCAACGCCCUUAUCGUGCCCCAGGCCACCAGACACACGCAGUUCCGCAGCGGCUACAGCGGACCCGUGUUCGUGGUGGACCGCCAUCGCAUCUGGGGCAUCACUGGCUACCUCACGCAUCUCUUUCUGCACUGCCUGCUGCCGCCCAGUCAGCUGCCCGAUUGCCUCAGGACGAACAUCAAGUUCAUUCGGCCCUUUAAGCUACCGCCCAAGCUGCCGCAUCACCGCGAGCAUGCCGCCACGGAUCCCUCGAUGCGCACCUGAGGAGACACCCUCGAUCCCCCGACAUAUACCCGCUCAGGCCACGCCCAAUGUGAUCGGUCGAACCGAACAAUAGGCUAAAUUCGAUGGUGUUCUUCGUAUUAGUUUAGAUAUUUAUUGUGAAUUACAUCUAAUCUGUGUAAUAAAACUGUUGACCAUUUUGUUGCAAGAAGAGCUCCAAACU